AGACCGGUUUUUGUUUACGUUUCGUGGUGACGUUCUCGGAGCUCUGCAAGUCCCCAAACUGUGUUCCUUUGCACGUUAUGUGACACUUGUUUACUUUAAAGGGCCAUUUUUACGGACUACAAUGAGCCAACAAGGUUCUUGAGACGUCGGAAGGGGAGCCGAAUCGAGACACGGAAGAAGAGAGACACAGCACGCAGUCAAUAUGGCCGACCCAGCAGCCUUAUACCAAGGAGGUUAUGCGUUUUUGUUGACAAUUCGUACGAAUCGCUGAGAAUUCUGGAAGGAUGUUCAUCCAAGCAGUGGACAGAAAGCUGCUGUUGGUGGCCAUUACGUCUUUCAUCAUUGGCAACACCCUGGCAACCCUUUGGUGCUGGAUUCCUGCUCUAAACUGUAACACGGACCAACCAAUGGGAACCAGCCACGUCAUCAGGAAACCCAGAGCUCCUGCUGGGUACGAAAUCAAGGCAAUACUGCUGACCCCACAGCUUGGCAAGGAAAACAACAAUCUUCCCUCGGAUCCUCGAGUUACAGAGUAUAUCGGAGAGAAGGAGUGCGUUUGUACAGGAAAGUGGCACAAAGACUUCUUCUCUCCCGCCAAGUGGAAAGAGAGACAGAAAAAUCAACAGGCUAGUCUGGAGAGGUACACGCGACGACGAUCGAAGUUCAAAGAUUUCCCUAACCAAGUAGACGGGUUCUCACCUAUUAGCUACCCUGCCCAUGGACUGUACGUGCAGCCACUAAGGGCUGUGCAAAUGGAAGGCUUACAAAUCGAAUGGUUUGAUGGCAAGAAACAUUUCAGCGGCGCAGAACUUGAGGUUAAACUCCACAGCAGGAGAGGGAUAUUCAAACUACUCGCCGAUGUGGAAACCGUGAAGGUGGACGGAGUGAAAACUGCCGACUUGGUCAUCCGGACAUCAAACCCGUCUCUGCUUAACCUACAGCUACAGCAGGUCGUCUACCAGAACACGGAGUUUGACGGUAACAUGUUUGACAUAGUGGAAGUCUACUUUGACAAGUUCAACGCCACAAUUCCCAUCCAUAUCCAGCACCGACAAGUCACGUGGCUCUUCGAGCAAGGGGCAGGCAGAGUUCAGGACAGGGUGACAGUGGUAGUGAAGGCUUUUCUGAGGUACGACCACGUCAGGCAGCUGAUCGACAGCUUCAGAAGGUUUUACCCCGGAACCAGGAUCAUCGUAGCAGACGACAGCCCUGAGGAGCGAUACCAAGAUGUAAAGGAAGACUACACAGACCACUACAGGAUGCCGGAACAUGCGGGAUUUUUCGCUGGACGGAACCUGGGGUUAUCCCAGGUCACUACUGAGUAUUUUCUGUACAUGGAUGACGAUCACUACCUCAGACCCUCCACCAAACUGGAGACGCUGGUGGCGCUUCUGGAUAGCACAGAUUUCCAUGUGGCCAGCGGUGCGUACGAAGACCUGGAAGAGUUUGCGUCAGCGAUUCGCGUGGUGGGGAACCGGACUCACGCCUGCUUCGAGAAGCUGCGGAAACAUUACCACGAGAUAGACGGCUUCCCUGACUGUUACGCAGCGGACCACACGGAGAAUUUCUUCCUGGCGUCCACAGCUGAAGUGAAGGCGGUCGGGUUUGACCCUAACCCCGCACAGGCUAGGGUCGGACACCAAGAGUUCUUCACCGCCGCGCUGGGCCGGCUCCGGAUCGCAGUCUGCCGGUUCGUCAUCGUCGGGCACAACAAGUCUGCGGAGCCGGACCCGCUGUACGAGAAGUACCGCCGCACGGACAGGAAGUACCGUGACAUGCGCACCACCCAUAACCUGUACCGAGACAACCUGACCUGCACCGGCCUGAAGUACCCCCGGAUAGAGACAUACGCGCUGCACAUGAUGAUAUCAGCCGUCAUUAUCAUAUGUGGGGUUUAUAUGGUCACAGAACUAUAACUAUGGCCAGCAUUAUCAUAUGUGGGGUUUAUAUAGUCACAGAACUAUAACUAUGGCCAGCAUUAUCAUAUGUGGGGUUUAUAUAGUCACAGAACUAUAACUAUGGCCGGCAUUAUCAUAUGUGGGGUUUAUAUAGUCACAGAACUAUAACUAUGGCCGGCAUUAUUAUAUGUGGGGUUUAUAUAGUCACAGAACUAUAACUAUGGCCGGCAUUAUCAUAUGUGGGGUUUAUAUAGUCACAGAACUAUAACUAUGGCCGGCAUUAUCAUAUGUGGGGUUUAUAUAGUCACAGAACUAUAACUAUGGCCGGCAUUAUCAUAUGUGGGGUUUAUAUAGUCACAGAACUAUAACUAUGGCCGGCAUUAU